AUGAUACCGGAACAACCGCCGAUAAAAGACACCACUAAUCAAAAACUGCGAUACAAGUCAAUAUUCAAACAGUUAGAUAUCCAUAAUGAAGGGAAAUUCGAUUAUUCCACUUUGCGUAAAGCUUUCCAGGAUUCCAACCAUCCUUUGAAAUCUAAUGAUGAAGCAAUAAGGUUUUUGUUCACUGCGAUGGAUUCAAAUAAUGACAAUGUUGUUGAUUAUAAUGACUUCAUGAAAUAUGUAACCGUAGCUGAAUCUCAGAUCGAAGAGGGCUUUCAAAAUAUUGAUUUGGACCAUGACGGUAAGAUUAAACCAUCUGAUGUCUCAAACUAUCUUUCAAAAUUAGAUAUAAAGAAUGCAGAUAUUGGUAAUAAAUCAUCAGCAGCAGCAGCUUCUCCAAAUACUUAUAAUAUUAAGAAUUCACCGUCAAGAUUUAAUAAUUUCAUUCAUUGGGCAUUUUAUAAAAAAUUGGAAAGCAACGACAACAUUGAAAACAAGGAAGAGGUAAGUUGUACUGGGGAUAACAGCAUUAGGUUUGAAGAUCGUGACCAAUUAUAUAUCACAUACAACCAAUGGCGAGAUUUCCUGUUAUUGAUGCCCAGAGAAGGAGGCUCCCGGCUAAAGACGGCUUAUUCGUAUUUUUACUUAUUUAAUGAAGAUGUUGAGCUAUCUUCUGAAGGAGAUAUGACUUUGAUUAAUGAUUUUGUAAAAGGAUUUGGAUAUUUUAUUGCCGGUGGGCUUUCCGGUGUGAUAUCACGUACAGCUACAGCUCCAUUUGAUAGAAUUAAAGUGUUUCUAAUUGCAAGAACAGAUUUAUCCUCUACGUUAUUGAAUUCAAAAGCGACUGUUUUAGCUAAAAAUCCAAAAGCUAAUUUAAAUAAAUUACGAUCACCUAUCACAAAGGCCAUCACGACAUUAUAUCGACAAGGUGGCGUAAGAGCAUUUUACGUGGGGAAUGGGUUAAGUGUCUUUAAAGUUUGCCCUGAAAGUUCAAUCAAAUUUGGUACUUUUGAAUUAGUUAAAAGAGCCAUGUCUAAUUUCAAUGGGAAUAAAAAUGUUGACGAUCUUUCGAGAUUCCAUACUUACAUAGCGGGUGGUUUAGCAGGAAUGGUGUCGCAAAUAUCUAUUUAUCCUAUUGAUACAUUAAAGUUCCGAAUCCAAUGUGCACCUUUGGAUUGUAAAUUGAAAGGGAAUCAGUUACUAUUUGCAACGGCAAGUAAUAUGUAUAAAGAAGGUGGACUAGGAAUGUUUUAUAAGGGAGCUAUUGUAGGUGCUGUGGGUAUUUUCCCUUAUGCAGCACUGGAUUUAGGAACAUUUUCAGCUUUGAAAAAAUGGUAUAUUAAGCGAAAAUCCAAAUCAUUAAAUGUUCCAGAGGACAAAGUAGAUUUAAGUUAUUUACAAGUAUUACCAAUGGGUGCAAUAAGUGGGUCAGUAGGAGCUACUGCAGUCUAUCCAAUUAAUCUCCUUAGAACAAGACUACAAACGCAAGCAACUUUUGCACAUCCUUAUUUGUAUACCGGCUUCAGGGAUGUCUUUACCAAAACAAUCCAAAGAGAAGGGAUACCUGGUCUGUAUAAAGGGUUAGUUCCAACGUUGGCAAAAGUGUGUCCUGCAGUGUCCAUUGGAUAUUUAUGUUAUGAGAACUUUAAGAAGUUAAUGAAAUUGAAUUGA